AAAACACCACACACACACACAAGAUUUUUAUUUUUGUGUGUUCCCCAAAGCGAAUAUGCGCAAAUGAUACUGAAUUUUCGAUCACACAACACAACAACAGAGAAACAAAAAAGUAAAAUUCAUCAAGCAGUUUAAUGUUUGUUUGCUUUAUUAUUUUUGAUUUUUGUGCCAUUUAUGUGAGUCCAAAAUGAAACAAAAAUCGUCGACAAUCAAAAAAUAUGGGUUUUGAUUUGAACAAGAAAAGGACAAUGGCAUCUCUAAGGCAAAGAUUCUCAACAGAAACUUCAAAUUAUCGCAAGUACAUUCACAAAGAUGACGAAGAUAACUCGAAAUUUCAAAAGCCCUUGCCCGCUAGUCAUUUCAUGCUCAUUCUGGGCCUAAUGCUGCUCACCUUCUCACUAGUCAUAAUCAUAGAAAAACAGUUACCAAAAGGCCUGACUCUGGCAGAAGAAAAAGACUAUCCGGAUAAGUUUAUAGCGGAAAGAGCGUUUAAUAUAUUGCAAAACUUAACGAGAAUCGGUCCUAGGACGGCUGGCAGCUACGAAAACGAAGUUUUGGCAGUUAGAAUAAUCACAAGCGAAAUAGAUAGUAUAAUAAAGGAAGCACAUUCUAAUCACAUUGUCCAAGUAGAUGUACAAAAAGCUUCGGGGGCUUUUAACUUAGCAUUUCUAGAUGGCAUGACGAAUGUUUAUCAAGACGUCCAAAAUAUUGUAGUAAAAUUAGGCUCAAAAAUUGAUUCCUCCCAUAGUUUGUUAAUUAAUUGUCAUUUUGAUUCAGUUUUAGAUAGUCCAGGUGCUAGUGAUGAUGGUGCCGGUUGCGCAGUAAUGCUAGAAAUAUUACGGGUAUUAAUACACUCUGACAAAAUACUAAGACACAAUAUAAUAUUUUUAUUUAAUGGAGGCGAAGAGAAUUUCAUGCCCGCAUCCCAUGGGUUUAUUACGCAACAUAAAUGGGCAAAAGAGGUGAGAGCGUUUAUAAAUCUGGAAGCGUGCGGCGCCGGAGGCAGAGAAGUACUGUUUCAAGCCGGCCCAAAUCAUCCCUGGAUACUGGAAACGUAUUCCGAAGAAGUGCCUUACCCUUACGCAUCUUCCCUUGCCCAAGAAAUUUUCCAAAGCGGCGUAAUUCCUGGCGAUACAGAUUACAGGAUUUUUAGGGAUUUUGGAAAUGUAUCAGGAUUGGAUUUUGCUUGGUCGUCCAACGGUUAUGUUUACCAUACGAAAUUCGACAAUAUAGAGCAAGUGCCUCUGGGUUCUCUACAACGCACCGGUGAUAAUAUUUUGGCUUUGGCAAAGGGCAUGGCCCAAGGACACCAGCUGUCCAAUGUAGAAAACUAUAGAGCAGGCAAUUUGGUGUUUUUCGAUUUUUUGGGUGCCUUCGUUAUAAGAUGGCCGAUGGCUGUAGCUGAUUUUGUAAACUUUUUGUCUGUGAUAGGUUCCUUUUAUUGCAUUUUUUGGAAUUUAAAGGAGGCCAAAAAGUAUGAUGAUGUUAGUGGUAAAUCCUACCUCACCAAACUCUAUCAGUGCAUGUUGAUUAUAGUGAGCUCCUGGUUGUUUUGCUUGGUGUUCUCUUUAGGCACUGCCGCUUGUUUAGUCGGUCUUGGUCGUACAAUGAGCUGGUAUGCGAGGCCCUUUUGGGCAUUUUUCUUAUAUGUGAUACCUGCGCUUGUGAUUUCCUUGGUUACGAUUUUAAUUCAUGCCAAAUAUUAUAAUAAGGAUUUAGAAUUAUCGCCUUGGACAGUAUUUCAAUUGUACUACGACGCAUAUCAGGCACUUUGGACGAUUGUCCUAUUCAUAGGAAUAUUAUUAAGGAUAAGGUCUAGUUUUAUAGCGCUUACUUGGGUAGUUUUUGCAUCGUUAGGCAAUAUUUUGAAAUCCAAAUUGUUUGGUAGAUGGAGAGAUUCUAAAUGGUUGUUUUUGCACAUAUUUUUGAUAGGAUUACCGUUUGUGCAAAAUUUUUACCUUAUAAUUGGUGCUUUAUAUUUAUUCAUUCCAGUAUUGGGACGAGCUGGAUCUGGUAGCCAUGCUGAAUACCUGGUAGCUGUUUUAAUGAGUUCAUUAUUCACAACUCUAUUCAGCUUUGCUGUUCCACUUAUACUUUUGGUAAAACAAGUUUACAAAAUUUUGAAUUUAUUGGUUGCCUUAUUUUUAAUAUCUUUGGCUGUUUUAUUGUUAACUCCUAUGGGGUUUCCUUAUUCUGGCGGUCCAGGGAUAAUAGCACCACAAAGAUUUAUGAUAGCUCACACACAACGUAUAUUUCACGAUUCAAGUGGUGCAAUAAUAAAUAAAUCCAAUGGGUAUUGGAUGGUGGAUAUGGACAUAAACAGCCCUCACACUGUUGAUUACCAUGUACCGAUAAUGAAAACAGCCGAAUUAAUAGAAAAAGACUGCGAAAAGUAUUUGUAUUGUGGACUACCAUAUUUGGUGCCUGUUUUGACCAUGAUUUGGAAGACGCAUUGGGUUCCUGGUCCUGAACCGCGUCUUCUAAAACCUGUCAACAUGACUAUAAUUGAGCGGACUAAAACAGAGGGCAGUCAGAGACUUAGUUUUGAAAUUAAUGGGCCAGCACAUCUUGGAGUUAUGAUAUCUCCCUUUGAAGGUGUAGAAAUCAAUAGUUGGAGCAUACCAACGCCAGAACCAUUGGCCGGGCCAAUGUGGAAUGGACGAAACACUUACUUUAUUUAUUACGCACAUGGAUUGGAUUCGGUACCUUUUAAAUUUUGGAUUGAUUUUAAGGUUCCUUUGCAUCAUACUGGACCAAUCAUAGACUUUGCGGUCACUUCUCACUACUUAUUUGGUGAAGGUAAAGCUUCGAAACCACUAAAAGACAUGGUGGGUCAGUUUCCCAGCUGGACGGCUGUUUCCUAUUGGACCGCUUCUUACGAAUCUUGGAUUCUGUGAUCCUUUUGGCCAAAAUAAGUUUUUUUUUUGUUGUUGUGAUAAAUGACUUAUCAAUUUGCACAAGUCAAUUUCGGGUUAGUAAGUAAUAAUUUCCAUUUUGAAAACAAAAAAUUCCAAUAUUUUUUGAUAUUGUCGGGCUUCGUUUGAGGAAGCCCUUGUUGAGUGUUCGAAGAUUUUUAUCCCUUUAUUGUUAAUUUUGUAUUCAACUGUUGAAUAUUGUCAACGUAAGUGAAAAAGCUGUUGUAUAUUAUUUUUUUUUUAAUUAUACAUUUUUAUUUGUCUAUUUAUUGUUUAGGUUUGGAUUGAUACAUUCCUAUAUGUACUUUUUGGUUUGUUUAUAGUAUUUUUACUAUACAUUUCUGGUUUAAUUAUCACAUAAGAAUAGUUCAAUUUUAUUCCUAAACUUUACAAACGUUCGUUGCCAAAAUCGCUUGAAAUUCGAUGCAUAGCACGUAGGCUCGCCAAAAUAUCAGCUCAAUUCUACAACAUUUAGUAAUCACUUGAAGUUCUACUGCCCUACUAUAAUAGUUUCUGAGUAAUUUGUUAUUAUAAGGGUUCACCUGCCAAAAAAAAUAUAUAUAUAUUUAUAAUAAAUUAGACCAGGAGAUAGCAUUGAAAUGGACCCGAAUUCCGAACCCACGAUUCCAUAGUAUCGUCCAUAUAAAUUACAUAGAGGAUAGUAUCGGGCCCCUAAUAAUUUGUGUAAAUUGCACCAACAACUGCGUAGUUCUCAACAGUAUUUCGACUGUAAGGAAAAUAACCCAGAAGCCAUAAAUAUCUGGAAAAGAGCACUGCGAUGUGUCCAGACAUCUGAAAGAAUUCUAUCAGAGCUUGGACCCCUCACUGGUAUAUUCAGAAUUAUAUCUCUUUUUUUGUGAAUUAAUGAAAAAUACUUCCAUACUGAUAUUCCUCCAAAAAAAAAACAUUUCUAAAAAAAUAAUCGUUGAACGAAUAUUAAAUUCUUCAAGUUCCAUGGCAUGUUCACUGAUAAGCAGUUUGGAUAAUGGGAAAGAAGCUCAAUUUUGGAAUACCUGAAUCUGUCAUAGAGAGUAUAUUAGAUCCAGUUAGAAAUUUCUGGGUGGUAGAUCAUUCAAAUAAAUGAGGGAAAGCAGGGAACCAAGUACCAAGCUUUGAGGGACGCCCACACUAAUACUAAGUUCCCUAAAGGUUCCGCCAUUAAAUUUAACAGUAGUUCAGUCAUUCAACGGCGUUUUCAAGAAAAAAAAUGUAGAAGUUUCUUUCUCAGCGGUUCUGUAUGUUUUUUGAGGUGCUGAAUCCAAAUCUGAGGUGAAAAACCAUACAUUUUUGGCACUUUUUUUAGGUUUUCAACUGUAACUCGAAAACUAAGCGUUUUAUAAUUAUAACUAUGGCUACGUUCACCAGAACUGAAACAAGUUGUAAACAGUUCACAAAUACCAACAGAAUAUGUUGGGCAAACUCUUGGUUCUGCUGAACGAUUCAACUUUUCAAUAAUAGAACGUCACCCUCUGAAUGUCAUGUCACCACACAAAACACUAGUGUUGAAAAUUAUAAACACUUUUAAUUUAUGCUUGCAAAAAUGGCGACCGUUUGCAAAACAUGUUUGGUUUCAACACAAAUUCAACGUAGCGUUCAGCAGAACAAUCGCAAUGCGUUUACCAACGUUUGUAUCUGGUGAACGUGGCCAAUGAUAUAAAAAAUUAAAGUAGACAGAUUUCCUACAAGUAGGUAUAAUUACUCUAAAGUCUUGACAAUUCACAACGUCGUUAGAUUGUGUUGAAAAAAUGGCAUUCUGUGGUUUUGUGGCCUGUCAAUGGGUCAAAAAUGUUGACAUUUCUGGUAAAUUGAAGGUAGUGGAUUAUUGGAACUUUUCAACAUUAGCUGGGUUCGGCUAUUCAGCACGGAGUUGGAGUGGAGUGAACAGAGCUAAUGGAGUCACUCCUAAUACGGUAAGAAGCAAUACCCGAACCUUAACCCGAACGGCUGGAGUGCGAAUGGACUCACUUCGAGUGCAAGGAGUGAGCAAGCCGAACCCACCUCUUAUUAAGGCUGCCGUUAACACCGAAAAAUUGAUGACAGGUCAUGCCUAUGCAAGGGCGGUUAAGGAACUUGCUUCGAAAUUUGAAGACAAGCUUAUCCAACUCACAGGCCUAGGGCCCACUAUCAAGUUGUGGAGUCAGUACUUUCAAAUAGUUACACUAAUCCUAUAAAUUUCAUAUAUGCAGAGAAAACUAGGAAAUGGGCUCUACACUUGGAAACUAUUCAUGAUAUGCUUCCUUAUUUCCAUGCCAGUGGACAGUUUCUAUAUGGCGAAGUGCUGCCACCUGUAUUUACAGGAUAUGUUGGAGCUACAAUAUUCUACUCCCCCUAAUGAAUUAAAAGCUUUUACUGUGCACAACGGGUUCAUUAUUUGGCGAAGCCAUAGGUUUUGGUUGUGGAACAUGGAGUAACAUGUGCAUAGAGCGAGAAUAAUGUUCUGGUAGGCUCACUAGGGGUCGUGGUACCAGCGAUGCUAUCCUGUCAAGUCGGACUUUGGGAAUGACAACGCACAGAAAGAUAUUCGAUGCAGCGGAAUUGAUUUUGAAUCAUCAGAGCAACAUAUUGAUACCGGGACAAAAUAGAUGCAAAGAAAAUUAUAGAGUGGUUCCACCAACACCCGUCGUUUCCGGAGGCAUAUCACCAUCGUUUACAGAGCAAAUGUGCUCCGAAGCGCAGUUGGAGAUCAUGAGUUACUAUACAGUAGAAAUUAAUUUCGAGUAUUAAGUGUUGAAGGAUAAUACCAAAACCAAUAUAAAAUAAAUAUAAACUGGUACUUUUGCAUGCAUUUUUUUGAGCACAGAAGUCAUGGGGACUGAAAAAAUAAACUGCCAUCUUUCUAGGGAAGAAGAUAUCAAAUGUAUUGAUAAAAUGUUGGUAACAAUUUCCAUCAAUCAGUUAAAUUUAAGCGUAACGAUAAGGUGUUAUCACUUGCCACCAUGAAAUCUUCAAUAAUGAUUCAUGAUCUGGAGUUGUUAAUCCAACUACCCUAUUUCAACACAUGAAUAUUGUUAAAGAGUUAGAUGAUGAACUCGAAGAGUUCUUGACACACGAACUGAGCCCCUUUCCUUUUGCUCUAUUUGAUGGAAAAAAAGGUGGUCUAAUGAGGAAAGGGACAAAAUCUUCACUUUACAAGGCUUCACAAGCAGAACCUGACACAUCUAUAUUGGACAACUAUCCAUGAUACGCGGUUGACGGUGGUUUUCUCCUGCACAAAGUUGUGUGGCCUGAAAAGAAGACAUUCGAUAAAAUUUGUGACGUUGAAUAUUUCAAAAAAAAAUAUUGCAUACUUCUACAGAAAUUUAGUGCAGCAGUGCAGCCCAAACUUACACUAAGCUAGUGAAGAUGCAGACACUCUGAUUGUGCAAACAGCCUAAUCACUUGCUGCGGAGCACAAAACUUGUAGUUGUUGGAGAGGAUUUAGACCUCCUGGUCAUUAUGAUCAGAACCAUGACGUCUCCCAAUGUAUAUUUUUUGAAACCCAGGCAGAGGUAAAAAUCUUCCAUCUGUUUACCGUCCUCCAAGCACCAUCGAGAAAUGCCUGGCAGAACACAUAUAUGCUGUCAGUUCACAUCUGCUCUUUUUAAGCGAAGGCAAGCUAAGUUUAUGAAAACCCUUAUAAGGUUUCAGAAACCUUCUUGCUACAUCAGAAGAAAUUUCGAAAGCAGGGCAAAAAUUUCUAGUGGCAUUGUAUGACGGAGACCAUGGCACCACUUCAAUAAAUAAGCUGAAGCACAAACAGUAUGUGUCAUCAGCGGAAAUGUAGCAUUCCCUACUUAAGCUGCAGCCCAGAAACACAGUAACAGAGUAUUUCACCAAGUACAGCAGUGGCUGGGAAAUAUUUAACCACCUGAGCAGUGGGUAUGGCUUCCAGCCAGUGUAGGAGAAAAACUGCCUGAGUUCAGAACAGUCAUCCCAGAAAAAAAGAAAGACAGCUUCGUUGAAGGAGCACAAGAACAAGCAUUGCCUACAUCUCAAGAACCAAAACCAGCAAUCGCACCAGCUACUUUAGAACCAUCAACUUUAUCUGAAGCGCCUCUUGUAACUCUCCGUGCUGCCGCAGAGCCAGCAAAAGAAGAAAACCCAGUAGAAAAAACAAUGGAAGGAAAGACUGCUGAAUCAGAAGCUCUGCCUCAAUCUGCUGCAGUACCUGAAGCAGCUAAACCUCUCGAAGAACCAAAAUAAGAACAGAAAUUGGAAGCUCAACCUGAUAAGCCAGCAGCGAGCGCACCAACUUUCUGAAUUAAGGAGAAACAAACUGAAUCCAGUGUGAAGAAGAAGUUUUUUUUGUUGAGGUUAGCUUGCCGCCUUGUUCCAAACCUAAAUUUAAUUAAUUUUUAUUUUUUUUGAUUGAACAUUUGGGCUAACCGAACCUCCCCGUUUUCAAUUUCUUUGGAAACACUAAUUAAUUAUUAAAGGCAACUUAAUUCCCAUCACCCCAUCCCCAGAGAAGCUUCUGAAACUCAUUGCCUGUAAAUGCCAGAAAGGCUGUAGGGGCAGUUGCGAAUGAAUUGUGAAGGAAUAAGCUGCUCCAAUAUAGAAAUACUCAAUGAUGAUGACGAUCAAGAUGUUUCGCCUGAAAAGAUCGAAAGUAAUUUAUACUAUUACAUACAAGAAAUCAUUAUCCUAAGCUAGUAUUUAUCACUGAGUACGUUUAUCUCGGAAAAUCCGGAUCCGAUCGACUUGAUCCCAUCCAGUGAAAUUGCGUUUCUAUAAAAUGAAUUGUCCGAUCGAUAAAUCCUUUUUUUCUAUCGGAUUCAAAUAGAAAGAGACCGGCCGAAUUAAACAAAGCAAAAACAUCUUUUUUUUUUUUUUAAUUAAAUUUGUGGCGCACUCCCAUGAGAGGGAAAAGGGGAAUGCAGUUUCUGAAUUUUACAAUAAAAGUAGAUCUAUUUGAAGAAAAUGAACCUAUAUUUUCAAAACUAUUUCAUAAGACUGAAAACACAAUGAUGACAAAUGCAAGAUACAAGUGACAGGAGACAAAAAUAUAAUAACCCUUGUAUCAAUGCCAUAACCCAGAAUAAAUGGAUACAGGGCUGGGAUCAAGACAAGUAGUAUUCAACUUUCAUGACGUCAUCCCGCGACCUAUAUAUUGCGUACAGUACAGGCGAUGAUGACGGUUGCUAGGCAACCUUACGUCAUGAAAGUAGGAUUCUAGUAGAGUCUUUUUGUCGUGAUCCCAACCCAGGAUACAAUUUAUUUACCAUAGCAGGGCCCGGAUCCCAAACCACGAUUCGAUAAUAUCGUCUAUGUAAUUUAUAUGGACGAUACUAUCGAAUUGUGGGUUCGGGAUCGUCCUGGAUACAAAAUUUCGAUUUUUUCGUAUUUUUUAUUUGUCUUUUGUACUUUUUAUUUGUCAUUGUGUCUUUAGCCUAACAAAACAAGGCAAAUCUAUGGUCCGAAUUUAACCCAAACGUUAACCAAACUAACCGAAUGCAAAUAUGAAAUAAAAAAUAAUUUACGGAAAUUACAGAUGAAACCAACAGAACCGACAUACGAUGGCCAAUAACUAUUUUGACAUUUGGUUAACCAGAUUUCAGGAAACCGAGGUCCAAAAGUAACCACUUUUCCAGGAACCAUAGAGUAAUGUGAUUAUUUUGGACCGCGAAACCACAACCUUGGUUAUAUUCGGACCAUAGCCUAUAACACUAAAAAAGUGAGGUUAGACGAGUUUGCCAUUUUUCAGGUCAGCACAAUCCUCAUGCAGAUUUUGACAAAUUUUGUCCAUAAUGAACAUAAACGACAUGGAUUCUAUUAUAGUCUCCAUUCUACAGAUGAGGAAGACAAAUAAAUAUGGAAAUUAUUUAAUUUUUUUUUGUGUAAAUACUAAUUUUUUCCAUGUUACCAAUUUUUUAAUGUUUCUUUUUAUUGAAACUUUGGCUAGAAUAACGUUUUCCAACUUUUUUAGAGGAAAGUCAAGAAAUGCUAUUUUUCAACAUGAUCUAACCACAUUGUGGAUUGUCGAGCUCCUGAUCCUUUGUCAGUUUUCGAACCGUCUGUGUACCAUUUAAUGGUGUUUUCUUUGAGAGAUUCGGUGAUCUUGCCGCUUUCCCAGUCGCUUUGAUCAUCAGUUCUUGUGAGGAAGUUUCUCUCAAAGUGAUAUUCUUUGGUUAUAUCGUCUUUAGGAAGAUCGAAUAAGGGAAUACACCGUGUCUGGGAUGACCAUGCUCCUUGAUCGAUGAUGUCCUUAGCCUCGGUCUUAUUCUAGUCCUAGCUAGUCUAAAUAUAGCCCUUUCUGCAGCUCCCUUCACCGACAAGUGCAAAGGUGUGAGGUCAAGUAUGACGUUCAACGCUGCUGUUGGACAUGUUCUCAUGGCUCCUGUAAUACAUGUACUUGCCAGGCUUCUAGGUGUUUUUUCCAUAGAAGUUUACUAUCCAGUUUUACGCCCAGAUAUUUGACUUCGUUUGCUUGAUUUACAACCUCUCCACUUAGGUGAAUUUCCCAAGUAAGUUGAAUUUUCCUUCUAAGUGUAAAUGGUGCAAUAGUGGUUUUUGCUGAGUUGAUGCUCAGCACCACCGAUGUGCACCAUUCUUUGGUAGUACUUAGGCCUUUUUGUAUGAGGUCGUAUAGUGUGCCCUCAGACUUGCCUUUGAGUUAGACCCUGAUUUGUCACUCUGGACAGGAGUUCAUCAACUACCAGGCUCCACAACAGGGGUGAGGUUACUCCCCCUUGAGGUGUACCACGAGUGGUUCUGAUGCUUGUGGUUUGUUCACCCACAGUUGUCUCGUUCUCGUAGUCAGCAUUUCACAGACCCACCGGACUAUGGUUUUAUUCACUCCUCUCCUCUCCAGAGCAAUUUUUACCGCCCCAUGGGACGUGUUAUCAAAAGCCCCGGAUAUAUCCAGGAAGGCACAUAUGGCUGUUUCUUUUUCCUUAAGGGUUUUUUUAGAUGAUUUCUGUAAGUUGAUAGAGCGCUGUCUGUCGAUCUGCCUGCUCUGUAUACAUGUUGGCACGAGUGUAGAGGUGCCUUCUCCAAAAUGUCCUUUCUGAUGUAGUUAUCUACAGCUUUUUCUAUCGUCUUUAGUACAAAGGACGUAAGACUAAUGGGUCGACAAGAUUUAGGGUUUGUCCCAUCCUUUUUACCUAUUUUGGAUAUGAAGGUUACUUUAGCUCGUCGCCAGAUACUCGGUAUAUAUCCAGAGGCUAAACUAGUCCUAGCUAUUCUAAGUAGGUGAGGGAAUAUUUCCUUUUGCCCUUUUUGUAAAAGGGCAGGAAAUAUUCCGUCUACUCCUGGUGACUUAAACGGUUGAAAGGUACUUAUUGCCCAUUUCAUCCGUUCCGCAGUAAAAACCCUCUUUGCAGCUUCCCAGUCCUCCUUCUUCGGUUUACCGUGGUUAUUUCUACUGGUACGCUACCUGGAAAGUGCGUUUGAAGUAAUAGGAAGGCCUGCUCCUCUUCUCCUUUCGUGUAGGUGCUGUCCGGCUUUUUGAGGGCCAUCACUGGAUUUGUUCCUCCUUUGGCCGUGGCCUUAUGUAGCCUUGCAGCCGUUGGAGUGUAAGCAAUUUCCUCACAAAAGGUUCUGAAAUGUUGCCUUUUGGCUUUUCUUAUCUCUUUGUUAUACAGAGUAAGCACUUCUGCGUAUCCCUGCCAAUUUCCGUCUUUUUUUGCUGUAUUGAAAAGAUGAUGGACUUGAAAUCUCAGUUUUGACAGGUGUCUGUUUCACCAUGGUGCAUCUUUUUUGGAUCACGCUGUAGUCACUGGGCAACUGGAUUCAAAGGCUUCCAUAAUUGCCUUUGUGACUUCCUUAGUGUCCUGCACCAGGUCCAUGUGGUGUCUUUUCCCACCUGAACUUAAGCAGUGAAGGUUGUUCUGUAAAUUGGUUUUAUAGGCUUCCCAAUUGGUUUUUCCCGGAACCCUUCGUAUGGGUCUAUUGUAUUUUACAUUCCUUAGGUUCAACCCAAUUAUCCUGUGAUCUGACAGGGAUGGUUCGGUUGAUACUCUCCAGUUUUUGAUGAGGUCUCUAAUACUGGAGCUGACUAAAGUUAUAUCUAAUACUUCCGACUUUGUUCUAGUCACGAAUGUAGGCAUAGUACCAACAUUCAAGACCUCAAGGUCGGUAGUCAUAAGAAAUUCAAGCAAACCCUCAGCUCUAUAGUUGAUAUCCGUGCUUCCCCAGAUAACAUGACGUGCAUUUGCGUCGCAGCCUAAGAGUAGUGGCAGGUGCUCUCUUCUGGAAUAUUGGAUCAGCUCUUGUACCUCCAGCGGUGGUGUCGUUAGCCCAUCUCCAGGAAAGUAUGCUGAAGCAAUUACUAUGUUGCGGUUGCAGCCCCCAAUGUCGAGUUGUACGAAAAUGGGUGUCAAGUCCCGUGACAUAAAUUCUGUAACACACAUAUAAUUAAUUUCAUUUCUUAUGAGAAUACAGGCUCUGGGUGAUUCCUGCCUGUUAUCGUAUACUACCUUUGAAAGUUUGCUUGACAAACCUUUGAUUUGCCCUCUAUUGAUCCAGGGUUCUUGGAUCAUAACUAGUCCCAGACUUGUAGGACAUUUUGCUUAGUUUUCGAGUUAUACUUAGUUAAAAACCUGAAAAAAGUGCGGAAAAUUUAGAGUUUUUCGCAAAUUUCGUUGUGAAGCCAACGCUUGGCGUCUUGGCAAACCUUAGAUUCGUAUUCCGCACCCCAAAAAACAUACAGAACCAGUGAGAAAAAACUUUCUACAUUUUCUUCCUGGAAAAAAACCCUGCAUACUGAACUACAGUCUGAAUGCGAUCCGACAGGUAAUAAGGCAGUUCCGCUGGAACAGUACAGCUUCUUUCUUUUCCUAUCUCAGGGUAUUGUUCUUGAAUUUUCUUUCCUUGGAGAAAUUUAGAAAGAAACAUAAAAUCAAGAGCAUGAACUUGGAAUAGACAAAAAUUGAGAACAAAAUUUCCUCGUUUUCAUUCCAAGCUCUUCAAUUUUCCUUUUUUGGAAGAAAACAUGAAACCGAUAGCCUGGAAUAGACAGAAAUUGAUUUAGAGAAUUUGAGAAAAGAAUAAAAAUUCACGAAAAAUUCGAACAAAACAGACCCUGGGGAAUAAACAAGAAUUGAAAUGAUAAAAAGGAGAAAUAAAGAGAGGAAAUUAUGUAGAAAUUGAGAACAAAAUUCUUUCUUUUCCUAUUCCAGGGUCUUGUUCUUGAAUUGUCUUUCUCUGGAGAAAUUUAGAAGGAAACAUAACAUCAAGAGCAAGAACCUGGAAAUAAACAAAAAUUGAGAACAAAAUUCCACCUUUUCUCAUUCCAAGCUCUUGAAAUUUUCUUUUUUGGAAGAAAACAUGAAACCAAGAGCCUGAAAUAGACAGAAAUUGAUUUGGAGAAUUUGAGAAAUGGAGAUUAAAAGUUUAGGAAAAAAUUCAAACAAAUAGUGAUGAGCGAGACUAGUCUUGGUCUUGGUCUUGGUCUUGCAGAAAAAGCAUGACAAAGACCACUUAUUAGACUGCAAGACCAAAACCAAGACCGAGCAGUGCAAGACUUAUGCAAGACCAAGACCGAGUAUGCAAGAGUCUUGCGUUUUUGUUCCAUUUUUUCUGAAGAGUACUAAAAUUUAGUAUGUAUUUGCUUCAGUUGUUUGUAGUUGAAUACAGGGUGAAUCCGAAAGUGAGGCUUUUUUUUUUUAACAGGAUGUACGUAUAUCUCACCAAAAUAAGUUGUUUGGCAGAAAAUUGUUUAUAUAAAAAAUUUAAGAUAACGGAGGUACAGCUAUUUUGAGAUUAGAGGAGACUUCCACUAUAAAUUACUUUGUUUACAUUUUCUCAAAAAAAAAGCCGCAAAAAAGCCAUUAAUAGUCCAGCAUAAUGAGUCUUAUUCCAUAAUAGGUACUCACAGUUGCAUUAUUCCAUCAGAAAAAAAUUCAUUUUCAACCUAUCAAUUUUCGUUUUAAAGUGAAACAGACAAAAUUUAGGAGGGAAAUGAAGCAUCAUACAAAUGGAAAUAAUUUUGAACAAUUUUUGUGAUAAUUUUGAUCAUAUUUGUUCUACUAAAUCUUAGAUUAUUGAAAUUAGAUUUUUAAUGCACAUAACCCUAAAAUACCUGUACUUACCUCCGUUAUCUUAAAUUUUUUAUGUAAACAAGUUUUUGCCAAACAACUUAUUUUGGCGAGAUACAUAUAUACCCUGUUAAAAAAAAAACCUCACUUUCAGAUUCACCCUGUAUAUCAUAUUCAACUAUUAUCAUAGGCUCUGUUACUGGUAUUGGGGCCUACUCUAUCCUAUAACUUUGGAGAAUAUAAAGACUUUCCACAAACACAAUUAUCAAACAUAUCUUAAUUUCCAAUGUAAAUCGUAUUGGUGUUUAAAAGCAAAAGAUUUUUCUGUACAGGGUGUCCAAGAUUCGAUGGUUUUAGCAAAUUUCGGGUACCACUUGCGAGCCUCGAUUUUCAAGAGAAAGUUGACCGGUGAAACCCGCAACUCGAUGUCUCGAUUCGUUUUUAAGGUACAAGGGGAAAAGCUGACCAAAUUUUCAUAAAUAAAAAAGUUAUAGCCCCCCUGCCAAACUCCAAACUUUUCAAUAACCCCUCGUAACAUAAAAACGAAUCGCCAUAUCGAGAUGCGGUUUUCACCAGUCAAUUUCUCUUGAAAAUCGAGGCUCGCAAGAGGAACAGAUUUUUUCCAACUCUUUCAGAAAUACCCGAAACCCCCCAAAACCAUCAAAUCCUGGACACCCUGUACAUGGAAGAAACUAAAUAUUUUGCAUUAUUUUUGCUUUUUGAAUGUAUGAAGUAUUACUUCACUAGCGCACGCGAAUGUGUGAUGAAAAGUACAGUUACCGCAGGGCACGCGAGUAAGUGAAAUUGUUAACACAUUUUUCAUUUGCUGAGAAAUAUAUAAAACGAAUGUGCACUUACCUCUUCAUUGAGCAAUAAUAAUUUUGGUUUAUUUCGAUUCCCAGCUAAGGUAACGGACCCCCAGUGACUUAUCUAGAUAUAAAUUAAUGAAAUUACAUAUAGUAAAAUAUUUCUAAAAAUUUGUCACUAUUAAAAGAAUAGUUAGAAUAAUUGUAAAUACCAGUGGCGCACCCAGGGGAGGGGCAUCGGGCUGCUCUGCCCCCCCUAGGCCGCUAUCUAAAAUUGUAUUUUUUCGUAUAAAAAAAUGUGGCAACAUCAAGGCGUAACACCCUGACAUCUCAAUUUUUUGUUUAGAUUUUUAGACACAAUCCUCAACCUAAGUCCUCAAUCUAUAUGUAGUGGCCCCCCAAAAAUAUUCUCUGGGUGCGCCACUGGUAAAUACAAAUAAGGAUGUUUCAAUAUUACAGGGACAAAGUGGAACAAGUGAUCCCUUAAUUUCCAAUGUUUUUUUGAGCAUUUUUCACUUGAAAAAAUUACCUGAUUCAAGUACUUGUUAAAAUUUGCUGCUGUGGUAGAGAUACACAAUAUCGAAAAACCAAAAUUUUGAUACUGGCAUAUAUUAUCCCUUUCUUUAAACGUUUGCUUAUUUCAAGUGGCAUGAAAUACGAUUUUUUCUUCAAAUUUUCUUUGUAAAAAUUGCCUCCAGUAAAAAUCUACCAAAAAAAUGCAAGACUUGCAAGAGUCUUGCUGUAAGACCAAGACUGAACCCUGCAAGACCAAGACCAAGACCGCAUAUGCAAGACCAAGACUAGCCCGGUCUUGGUCUUGGUCUUGCAUUUGCUCAUCACUACAAACACAACAGACCCUGGAAUAAACAAAUAUUGAAACGAUAAAAAGGAGAAAUAAAGAGAAGAUUUUUAAUAGAAAUUCAGAACAAAAUUCUUCCUUCUUCUGUCCCAGCCAAGGGUCUUACUCUAGAAUUCUCUUUCUUUGGAGAAAUUUAGAAGGAAACUGAAUGAAGAGCCAGGAAUUUAAAAUAGACAAAAAUUGAGAACAAAAUUUCCCCUUUUUUCAUACCAAGCUAUUGAAUUUUCCUUUUUGGAAAAAAACAUCAAUCCAAGAGCCGGGAAUAGACACAAAUUGAUUCUUAUCCUUUUGAGUGGUACCUAAUCUAUCCUGAUAAAUCGAUAUUCCCAUGAAGAAACCAAGGAAAACAGCCUGCUAAAAAUCAAGCAUCUCAUGGUCUACGAAUUAUUUUUUUUGGCAGUUUAACAUCUUAGAUUCUUAGCUGUAGAUUUUCAAAUUUUUCCAAACUCUUUUGGCUUGUAAACUAGGGUAGUUGUUCGACCAGAUUUAUGAAAAUUCCUUGCAUUAAUACUGAUCUUAGUCCCACUUAGUUGAAAUAGUUUUAAUUGCUGCAUUUGCGCUAAUUGACUUAUUUAUUUGAUAGCCAGUUUUAAUAUUGUUAUUUGAAUACCAUACACGUUUACUUAGGACUGAAUAAAAUUUUUUACUGAUUAAAGCAAAUGGGUUUUCUUUUA